AUGGUGUCGCUCGAGGAGCUGCAGAGGCAGUUCAUGGCCGUGCAGGAGGCGGCGCCCACGCAGACGCUCUCGGAGCGCUGCUGCGUCGACAUCGUAGUGCGGCUUAUGGAGCAGAAGAAAAUUCAGCUGCUCACGACUUCCAACGGGAAAGAGUUCAUCACUGCCGAUGCCCUCGCGCAAGAAAUCCGCUCGCAUCUAGUCAGCCAGAGUGGGAGAGUUAACGUCAUCGAGAUGGCGACGGUCUUGGGGUUGAGUCCAGACGUCGUUGAGGCGAAGACCGAAGAAAUCACGCGCAAGGCUCGGCACCUGACGCUCCUCGGCGGCGACUUGAUCUCCACGCUCUAUCUCAACAAUGUUGCUGCAGAAAUCGAGGAAUUUCUCGAGGAGAAGGGUCAACUGACGAUCGCGGAACUCUCUCAGAAAUACUCUCUCCCCGCGGAUUUCAUGCGGCAGGAAGUUCAGGAGCGCCUCGGGUCUGUCAUUCACGGCGAGCUGCGAGAUCAGUAUUUGACAACCUCGCACUUUGCCCGGCGCGUUGAAGGCGUUGUUAGGGGGGCUUUGACAGGCGCCUGCCGGCCCGUGGCGCUCGCGGAUCUUUCCGCCGUUUUCAGCCUCCCCAGUGACAGCGUCACGGCCGCCGCUGCACACCUGCUUCGCACGGGGGAAGUCCAUGGGCGUCUGCAGAGCGGCGUCUUCACGCCAGCCUGUUUUGCGCGUAGCCAAAGCGACAAGGUGGCCAGCUUCUACAGAGCGAACGCGUUCGUCCCGUUUUCACUCGCCAAAGAGAGUGGAUUUUCAGAUGCGCGCAGCUACCUGCAGAAGGAGUUCCCAGAGGGCAUUCCGCUCGCCACGGUGUACGUACACCCGCAGCUGGUGGCGCCGCUUCAGGCGAACAUUCAAGAAGCUGUCUCGGCCUCGUCGUGGGCGGAUCUGAGUUCGCUCUUGCCUUCGGUCUUCACCUCUGAGGACAUGCGCAUGCUGCUGGUGCUCGCCUCCGGUCAAGCCGGGCAGCUCAGCGGCGGCGGCGCGUCGCCUUCUCGCAAGCCCCUCCCGGUUCUCGCCUGCGACGACGGCAUCGUGCUGUCGCAGGGCUUCCUGGACGCGCUCUGCGAGGCGGCCGCGCCCUUCUUGAGCAGAAAGGCCCUCGAAGCGGAAAAAAACAAGGUGCCUGCAGCCAAGCCAGUUGAGGUGCGACAAGAGCUCGGCACGGGGCAUCUCGUGCAAGCAGCCCUGCGCCGGUGGCUGGGGGCAGCGACGACUCCGAGGACGAAGGCGACUUCCGCAGUCGGAGGCGAGCGAAGGGCAGCAGGAGAGGGAAAGGCACUGGCGGAGGCGAGAAGAAAAAAAAACGUGGCGGCAGCGUUGCUGCCGUCGGCGGGAGUCACUCUCGCGGAUAUUAAGGAAGCAUGCGCGUCUCCAGCGCAAGAGUCAAGCGACAACGCCCUCGCCGACCUCUGGCUUCCUCUGCCGACCUCCGUGCAGGAGAGCGUCUGGGAGAAUGUCCAGGGCAGACUCAACACGCACUACCAAAACUGCAUCGCAGAGAGUCGCCGGUCUCUGCGUGAGCAGCAGCGAGCCAAGACGGAGCGGAAGGCGGCUGACUUGCAAGAAGAGUUCGAGGGCGUUUUUCUCGCAGUCAGGGCCUUCGAGACUCUCGGCAUCCUAGAGGAUGCGAAGCAUCCGCUCGUAGUCAACCUCUUCAAGGCCUCCGUCGGGCCGCUUGUUGACGCCCUCGUCGAGGCCGCAGUGGCGGAGGCGACGUCGGAGCCGCCGCAAGUGACGGCGCAGAAUCGCCGCCAGUGCGUCGAGAAGGCGGGUCGUGCAGGCGCCGAAGUCGAGGGUCUCCUGCGGGCCUGCGACGCCGCGCAGAAGCGAGCCGGUGCGGACGUCGUAGACGCGCUCCAGGCCGCGGCUGAAGACGCACACCUGCUGUUCAGAACGCCAGACAAGCGCCGAGUGAAGCAGCUGGUGACGGCGAAGAAGGCCGGCGCGCAGGAGCAACUCGCAGGCGCCUCGGCGUGCGAUCCGCAGGCGUUGCUCCACGCCGCGCUUUCUCUCCUCCUCGCUCAGCGGCUCUUUCCGCAAGGCUUCCUCGAGGUCCCCAGAGACUUCUGGGCGCUUGCGGCGGUUUGGAGUCUUCUUGCAAAAGGGUCAGCAGCUGCCGAGGGCGAGAAGGCUGCCCUCACGCUUACUGAUGUGCAGCCGCUGUGGCUAGCCCUCAGUUCGAGACACAAUUCGAAAGAUAAAGCGGGCGGAGACGGCUCCGCGGGCGAGGCGGAUACGCAGAAGACUCUCGAAGCGGAGGCGACCAAGCUGUUGGAGUCGUUCGCAGCGAAGAUGCAAAAAUAG